UAUAAUUCAGCUCGCUAGGUUAUUGGGCGAGUUCUGUGCACUUGCAGAAAUUUCAACUUUUUUUUUUAAAUAAAGGAAUCGAAAUAAAUUUUCUUUUUUAAAUUAUGAAAUUUCAGUGCACUGAACGGAAUUAAAUUUUUAAUUAUAUAUAAAUCAUUUUAGUGAAUUAAAAAUAAUUUACGUAAUUAUCAACGGCAAAAGUAAACUGUCUACACACACCUAUCAACUUGAGAUAUUGAGUAAGCUCGUUUCGCCAUAUUUUGCCACGAGUUUUCUUUCUGAGACAAUUUCAGUUUUUGGUCAAAGUUAAAAAAAAUUUUGUAAAUAUUAAUAAAAAUUUAGGUGAAAAUGUCGAACGAAGAAACUUCUGCUGAUCGCAAUGUCGAAAUUUGGAAAAUUAAAAAGCUUAUUAAAAGUUUGGAAAUGGCUCGAGGUAACGGGACCAGUAUGAUUUCGUUAAUUAUUCCGCCAAAAGAUCAAAUAUCACGAGUUAGUAAAAUGUUGGCUGAUGAAUUUGGUACAGCGUCAAAUAUCAAAUCACGAGUCAAUCGCCUUUCAGUUUUAGGAGCUAUUACGUCUGUCCAACAUAGACUAAAAUUAUAUACAAAAGUGCCUCCUAAUGGCUUAGUAAUAUAUUGUGGGACAAUUGUUACAGAAGAAGGGAAAGAAAAGAAAGUCAAUAUAGAUUUUGAACCAUUUAAACCAAUUAAUACAUCCUUGUAUUUAUGUGACAAUAAAUUCCAUACAGAAGCAUUAACAGCACUAUUAGCUGAUGAUAACAAAUUUGGUUUUAUUGUUAUGGAUGGUAACGGAGCUCUAUUCGGGACAUUGCAAGGCAACACGCGGGAGGUGCUUCAUAAAUUCACAGUUGAUCUGCCUAAAAAGCACGGUCGUGGUGGUCAAUCAGCUUUACGUUUUGCACGUCUGCGUAUGGAAAAGCGUCACAAUUAUGUACGUAAAGUAGCUGAAGUUGCAACACAACUUUUUAUAACAAACGAUAAACCCAAUAUAGCUGGUCUUAUUUUGGCUGGUAGUGCUGAUUUUAAAACAGAAUUAAGUCAGUCUGACAUGUUUGAUGCGAGAUUGCAAACCAAAAUUAUCAAACUAGUUGAUGUUUCGUACGGUGGUGAAAAUGGUUUCAAUCAGGCAAUUGAACUUGCAGCUGAGUCAUUACAAAAUGUUAAAUUUAUUCAAGAAAAAAAAUUGAUUGGGCGUUAUUUUGAUGAAAUUUCACAAGAUACGGGAAAGUAUUGUUUCGGUGUUGAAGAUACCUUAAGAGCAUUAGAACUAGGGUCUGUUGAAACAUUGAUCUGUUGGGAAAACUUAGAUAUACAACGAUAUGUUCUCAAAUCAGCUACGACUUCAACCACAGUAUUACACUUGACUCCUGAGCAAGAAAAAGACAAAUCACACUUUACUGAUAAAGAAAGCGGAGUUGAAAUGGAACUUGUGGAAUCACAACCUCUUUUGGAGUGGCUUGCAAAUAGUUAUAAGAGUUUCGGUGCUACUCUUGAAAUUAUUACAGAUAAAUCUCAAGAAGGAAGUCAGUUUGUUAGAGGUUUUGGAGGAAUCGGAGGAAUCUUACGCUAUAAAGUAGAUUUUCAAUCUCUUCAAGCUGAUGAACCAUUGGAUGACGUUGAUUUAGAUGAUUAUUAAAAAAGAAAUUUCAUCAUUUCAAUAAAUUUUAUAUACCUACAUUAAUUUAAAAAUAUCUUUAAAAAUAAGUAAUGUUUUGUCACAUUGUAAUGAUAUAAAAACAAAAACUAGCCAAACCAAGAUGCUAAGGUAUUUUGCGUUAUAAGGUAGAUUUCCAAAGUAUGCAACUAGAUGAUUUGGACAACGAGUGUUUUGACUUAGAUGACUAUUAGACAAAUAUAUUGAUGAUUAAUACCUCAGUAAUUGCAAGAUAAAAAUAUAUAAUUUAAAACAAAUGAGCUAAAAUUAGAGGAAAAAAUUAAACUAAAAAUCUAAAAAGAUAGCAAAUAAACGCAAACAAAAAAAAGAUAACUAAAAGCAUAACUAAAUAAAAACUUUGCUGUUUCUUUUAAUACAAAACAAUGUAACAAGCAAAACUUAAUUUAGUAAAAACGGUAUAAUAACUAUUUCUGUAAAUUUAUGAAAACAAAUAACAAAAAAUGAUCAAUACGAGAAACAUUUUCUCUGGUUACCUACAGAAAAACAUGUAUAUUUUUAUUUUAUAAAUUUGAUGUCAAAAUUUGGCUUUUGAAAUUUAAAAUGCAAUUAAAAAAAACUAAAAAUGAUGAAUCAAAAUAUUUAAAUAAUGAAAUUAGCAAACAAUAAUAUAACAAUACGAAACAUUUUUAUUUAACUACACAUCAAAAUAAUAUUUUUUUUAGAAGUUUAAAAAAAUUAAAAUAUGUUAAAAAAACAUGUAUUAUUGAUUAAUUUUUGAUGGUACAAACAAAAAAUCAUAGAUCCUAAAACAUAUUACUCUUGAAAAAUAAAUUCUGGAUAUCCUUUUUUUCAUUGUAUGAUAUGUUUUCAUGUAAAAUACAAGCGUUAUAAAUACUUGAAUGAAAUUUAAUCUAACAAAUGAAUUUUAAGGGUUUAGUUUACAAAAAAUUAGAGUAUGUAGUCGCUGGCAAAUUAAUCACGUACCCAAAGUGUAAACUGUCCGGUUGUAUAAAGAAAAACAAGUUAGUAAAUAUUUGCAAAUAUCUGAUGUAAACUAGUUUUUACUAUAAUAAAAUUUUAUAGUUAAAAAUUUUAAUAAUAAAAUUUCACUAAAUAAUUUA